GGUCGGGACUGUUUUGAUGCAGUUGGCAAAAAUGUGAGAAGGGACGUUUAGCUGUAAGGAAAAAAAAAAAAAAACAUCGUCAGGAGCAUGGAUGUUUCAGUGUCGUGUGUUUGACGGUACUAAUGUGAAUAUAAGUAAAUUCCGAUACUUUUCUUGUCGAAAUGUUCGCGUUUGUUUCGGCUAACGUUGCAUGCUACUGUUUUUAGCUCUAGCCAGCUGGCAUGGCGUGAAUUCCGCAAAGCCAAAGGAACCAAUGUCAAGAAUGCGUCGAGCUCGCUAACAUGAUAUUUUAAUACUGUCCGUCGGUUAUUUUAGGCUAUGCCGUUUCGUCUCGCUGUUUUUCUUUAGUUUUCUUUCGCACCGUAAAGGAUAAAGUACAACUCAAUGCUUCUCUGAAUCGUUGCUCUGGGUCAGGACGAGCCGAAAUGGACGCCCCGGUCCCAUCACCCCUCACAGGUUUCUAGCGGUGACAACAACUGCUCCAUCCUGGCACCACACAAUCACAAGAACCCGAGCCGUGGCUUUCUUACUUUUCUAUGACACACCCAAUUUAUGCCCAACUAGAUUCGGUGGAAUCGCUUUUGGACGAACUCCCAUAUAUGUUUUAUUUGGGCCUGUUCUUUGUGAACGUCCUGAUCCUCUACUAUGCCUUUCUGAUGGAGUACAUCGUCCUGAAUGUGGGGAUAGUGUUCCUGCCUGAGGACAUGGAUCAGGCGCUGGUGGACCUCGGGGUGCUGUCCGACCCGGCCUCCGUCCCAUAUGACACGGACACGGAGCUGGAUGUGUUUGAGGGCUAUCUGGAGUGACAAGGCGGUGCUGAAGGACAAAAAGAAAGUUGAGGAGGUGAUGAGGAGGAGGAUGCAGAGGUCUGGAGUGAACACUCCCUGGUCAGCGAUGAUGAGAAGAAAUGUCUCAAAGUGGAUGUUGUUGCAGCCUUUUUCUCACAGAGACAUAUCAGUCAAAAAGUUGUCUCGGCUCAAAGGAAGGUAGCCUGAGAGAGAGAGAGAGAUUCAACACCGCCAGCCGUAUGAUCAGAGACUGCCCCCAUGAAAGGAGCACUUGCACUGGAUCAGCUGUCAGCGUGUUGCCAGUCAAGCAGCAAUCAACUCCGCUGGCAUCUGUGAAGCUCACUUUGGACACUGCAGCAACGAGAGAUGAAAAGGAAGCACAAAGGUGCUGCUGCAGGUGGAGAGAGACAGCUGUUCCCCUUUGGAAGGAAAAAUGAAUGUCAUCAGCAAUGUGGAGCGUGUUUCAUGUCAUCUGCAGCCAAUUCACACGCAGCAGCCUGGCAUUUACACCGAAUAAUUAUCUACGCUAUGCAGGAUCCGGUAGUUAUUUCUACAAGCAAAUGAGAUGAAACCUGCCACUUGAGUCACAGUGCGAUGUCCUACGCGGUGAGACAUCUCAGAUGAACUGGCAAAGAGCAGGAAAACAAUGUCCACUGUCAGCCUGUUGUAUAGUUAACCCCUCACAGAGCAACUUGUUUUAACAGUUUGUCUUUUAGCUCAGAACACAUUUUGCAUUCUUAAGGCUUAAUUUAAAACAUGUCUUUUGGGGUCAUCCGUGCUGUAUGUCUGCAUCAGGGAUGUAUAGUCUCUCAGGAGCACAGUUAGGAACUCUGGGCGCACUGGCAAGACGUAACACUGACACUGGACGUAGGCUGUGAAGCUGUAGGAUAUAAUACAGUUUUGACUCUCGUAGAUCAGGAACACCAUGUCGUUCUUACCACACUCUUCACCAUAAUGAGGAACAUAUGAAACUACCCAGGAUGAGUUCAUUCUUUGACACAGUUAUCUCUGUUUAAUCUAUAUUAACAGCUGAGGCCAUGAACAUUUCAUUCUCCACAAAAAAAGGGUAACUAUAACGACACGUGUCAAAUCUCAUGAAAGAGAAGCCCAAAAAAAAGUGCUUUAGAUUUUUCACAUCACUCUGUUGGUUGCACACAUUUGUUUUAAUAUUGACUUUGAGAGACUUAGACCAGACUCAGUGCAUGAUAUUAUCUGUGUUUUUAAAGAAUUUGGUUUAGUCGUCAGAAUUCUGUUUUACUGCGCUUUCUGCUGUUUAUGUUGUGACAGAUGUAGAAUUCCUUUCAUCAAGGGUAUGUUCCUGACAGCAAUAAUAAACUGGAUUCAAGCGGCGGGGCGGUUAGAUAACGACGUGAACGAGAUCAUUCACUGAAUUAGGUGAAUAUUUCAGCUGUGUGCUUGCAUUGAUUUGCAGAUGGGUGGAAAGAUGCAGCCUUGUGUCAGUGGUGUCUUUAAAGGGAUACUAAAGAUUUAUGAGGCAUUUGUACGCUUUGGAGAUGCUGUAAAUCUGAGAAGAGCACUUGCAGCCCAGCUAAUUAACUAAAUAUUGAUUUUUGGAGGCAAUACAGAGAAACCAGUAUUUUCUUAUACAGUAAUCGCUGCCCAAAUAAGCAGAUUUUGCAUGAUAAUCAUUACAUUGUGGUGGUUGUCAACCAAAUACCCCAAGCCAUAGAGACAGAUAACAUUUCAAAAUCUUUGUACAUGCAUGCUUCGCCCUCUAAACAAGCUGUAGUCCAGAAUUUCAUCGUCAUAACUGAAGGAACAGUACAUUCUGCAAGACAACCUCUCACCAAGAUGGCUCUGCUUUACUGUACUGGCUGUUCAGAUGUCAUUUCGAGCAACACUUUGCCUCGUCAGCUCAAAUGGUUUUGCUAAAUAUAGCCCGAUAAUUAUCCACAGCCACACUGAAUUCAAAAAGAAAAAAGGCACGUUGGAAAUCAAGAACGCGGAUGUCGUCUUAUUGUAAGAGGAAGCAUUGACAGCUGAUACCAAAUUCUGUCGUAUUUCUGGAUUAAGGCUGACACUGAGCAUUAUUGUGUUUAGAGUUGUAUGUACAAAUCAUUAAAAACACAGUAUAAACACACAGGAUGCUAAAACUCAGGAUGCUGGUAUUCAUUAAAAAUAUGUUUGUUUGGAAUUUGAUCCAAAAAUAAUUCAAUCAAUACCAGCUAAGGGCUUUGUGUAGAUAAACACUAAAUGGUUAAUCAAUAUUUGAUGGUGCUGGAAAUGUUUAGCUGGCUGAUGUAAUAUUUUUUUUAACUAAAGGUCAAUGUCAGUAUAACGAGGUGGGCAAUUUAAGGAUAAAAAUGGCUCCUCAUAAUGAGAAAUCAGCGGCAAGUGAAGCUGUUUCGGGGGAAGAUUCGAGUUUUAUGCAAAACUGGUUCUAAAUCACUGGUGUUCGCGGCUGGUUAGAGACCAUGCCAUCUCCCAGGUAUGAUACCACACUGUGCUGGUCAACAUCUGAUCAACCCUGCUCACGUUAUCAUCAACACAAGACCUGUACGCAUCGCUCAUCCCGCCACAUCUGCCUCUUUGCAGACAUGCACAUGCUCUAAUAAGCUAUGGAUCGCAACAGAGUUUUAUUUUCCAAUGUGUAUUUAAUAAACUUUGAGUGAAUGCCA